AUGUCACAAUCAAGAGACAAUGUUCCUAAUGUUCCAGAUGGAUGGAAAGCUAUUUUUGAUGAAGAGUAUAAGACUUGGUAUUAUGUAGAUUUGAAAACUAAGCAAUCUCAAUGGGAACCACCAAAGGGGACUGGGUUCUCAAGACCUGCAGCUCCUCCACCAUAUGAACAGACUGCACCACAUAGAUACCAACCUCAACCCCCACAACAGCAACAACCUCAACAACAACCAAGAUACCAAGGAUACACACAACAGCCUACAUAUCCACAGCAACCAGUAUAUUAUCAACAGCCUGCAUACCCACAGCAACCAGUAUAUCAUCAACAGCCACAACCAGUCUACUAUCAACAACAACCUACAAAAAAGAGCAAUAGUGGCAUGAUGAAUGGUCUUAUGGGAGCUGGUGUUGGUUUGUUAGGUGGUGCCAUGCUAGCCAAUGCAUUAGACAGUCAUGAACAACCUACGAUCGUUGAAAAUAAUUAUUACUAUGGAGACGAUGGUGACAACUUUGGUGGCGAUGACUUUGGUGGAGGUGAUUGGUAA